AUGGAGGCCCUGGGCCAGUACAAUAGUGGCACGAGGUGUAGCGGGCGUGGUGGCAGGUGUGGCAGCGGGGGCAGCUGGCAGCAGUGGAAUUCAAACGUUUUUAUUGAAGAAUUAGGGCUUUCUAGUGCAGAAAAGAUAUCUUCUGAUUCCUCUUCCUUUUCCUCCCAGCUCGGGGGCCUGGUUCUGCUGGGCAUUGGUAUCUGGGUGAAAGUAGACGGUGAUUCAUUUGUGAAGAUCCUUGGAGUUGCUGCACCACAGCUGAUGCUUCUGCUCCAUGUGGGUUACUUGUGCAUGGCAGUUGGCACCUUCCUUUUCAUCAUGGGCUUUUUGGGAUGCUGGGGAGCUGUGAAAGAAAGCAGAUGUCUCCUGUUAGUGUUCUUUGCAGUUAUACUGGUAAUCUUCAUAGCAGAAGUGGUGUGUGCUGUUAUGGUGCUGAUUUUCUCCAGUGUGACAGAUGUAUUUGUUGAACACUUGAAAAACUGGGCCAUGAAGACUUUAAAAGAAGACUAUGGGAGGCAAGAAGACCUCACAGCCAUUUGGGACAGUACAAUGAAGCAGCUGAAGUGCUGUGGAUUCAACAACUAUGCUGAUUUCAACAGUUCCUACUUCUAUCGAACUCAUGAGAAAUAUCCUUCUCUUUGCUGCCUGUCCAACAAAGAAUGCCAGCAAUUUGAAAUAGACCACAAUAAGCAGGGCUGCUUGUUUGAGUUUGAGAUGUUUCUGAAACACAAUGGGAAGAUUGUUGGAGGAGUGGCUCUAGCCAUUGGGAUGGUUGAGCUGGCUGCCAUGGUCGUCUCCUUGAUCCUCUAUUAUCAAAUUGGUACAAAGGUCUGAAGCAAAAGGCCAUCCACUGGCCAGAUCAAGUACCAGCCAUGACAGCCUCUAUGCCUGCAGUGGAAGAGACAGGACAAUUGUUCUCUUUUAUAAAUGGAAAAAAAGCAGUAUCUUUCCAUGCAUCCGUAUAGCUACACAGCUACCAGAUCCUGAACCUCAUUGAUAAUGAUUAUUGAUCAGACAUUAAUUUCUCCUUACUAUUAUAAAAAUCAUUACAUAGUCAGACAU